AUGCCCACGUCUGGAAAACCAAAGAAAAAGUGUGUGGCCAAACAGCACCCCAAUGAAAACCAAAGUGUACGGCAAGAAGGAAGACCUGAAGAAGACAUCAUCCUUCAUUGCUGGAUCAGGGGUGACAGUGUAGGCGCAGCAGCGGCUGCCCAAGCUGAAGUGGACGCUUUGGAAAGAAUGUCGCAUAGAGAUAAUGAAAGCAUGGUUGAUGUAAGUGUAAAAGACCUGAAUUUACAAACACUACCAAAUACUAACACAGAAGAUAAAGUUACAGCUUACUUUGAUUCAGCAGUAGGAAUAUCUCCCAUUCUAGCAAAACUACCCUUGAACAUUCAAGAGAGAUGGGCUUCAAAAGCAAACAGUUACAAGGAAACACACAACGUUCAUUUUCCCCCGUUCUCAUUGUUUGCCACCUUCAUACACGAUCAAGCAAAGAUCAAAAAUGAUCAAAGUCUCCCUUCUUGUGAUCGUCAAAAAAUUACCGCUAAUGGUACAUCUGAUUUUAGAAAACCGGUUAAUGCUAGGAAAACUGAUGUCACAGACCGCAAGUCUAUGGAGGAAUUCUGCCCAUUACAUAGGAGAAACCACAGUCUAAAUAAAUGUCGAGCAUUCAAAUCAAAAAGUAUUAGUGAAAGAAAGCAAUUUCUGAAAAAUAAUAGAAUUUGUUUCAAGUGUUGUGAUUCAAAUAGGCAUCAAGCAAAAGAGUGUCGUAUUUUAGUAAAAUGUAGUGAUCGUUGUAGUUCAAAUCACACUGGUGCUAUGCAUGUGGCAAGUUCAAGUCCUCCACAACAGAAUGGCGGGGAGCGAGAAGGAACAAAUGAUACUGUUCAUAACAAAUGUACACAGAUUUGUGGCAACGGACAUGGAAAAUCUUGUGCUAAAUCUGUACUAGUUAAUGUUUUUAGUUCUGAAAACCCAUCAAAUGUUGUCAAAUGUUAUGCAAUGUUAGACGAACAAAGUAACAGGUCACUUGUUAAACCAGAGUUGUUUACACUUUUUGAUAUAGAUAGUCAAGAGUUUGAGUACACACUAAAUUCUUGCGCUGGCACACAUGUUACACAUGGUCGCCGAGCAUCUAAUUGUGUCAUUCAGUCCGUAGAUGGUUCUGUUAGUUACGACUUGCCCACACUCAUUGAAUGUUCAGACAUCCCAAACAAUCGUGAAGAGAUCUAUUCUCCUCAUGAUGCAAAUUGCCAUCCACAUUUAUCCCCCAUUGCUGGCUGCAUACCAGACAUUGAUGAUAAAGCUGAAAUUUUGCUACUGAUAGAUCUUGUAGAAGCACAUCAUGUAAAUGAUCAAGUCUUAGGUCCCCCUGGAGCUCCUUUUGCUCAGAAGCUAGGACUAGGAUGGGUAGUGAUUGGUGAGGUAUGUAUUGGUAAAGUCCAUGCUCGGGAUCAAGUAAAUGUCAACAAAACUCAGAUUUUGAACAAUGGUCGCCCGUCAUUGUUUCAGCCAUGUAGUAAUAGAUUUGUUUUGGAUGAAAGAGUUUGUAGCUUGUAUGACCCUGUAUUUGUUCAAGAGCCGAAUGAUGAUAAGUCUUCCUUUUCUGUAGAGGAUAGAGAAUGUUUGAGUAUCAUGGAUAAUGGUUUUAAUAAAAAAACCACUAGUGGUAAGUGGACUGCUCCACUCCCUUUCAGGUCCCCUAGGCAGAGGUUACCCAAUAACAAAUAUGAAGCUCUUAGACGUGCUAAGUUUUUUCAUACUAGCUUGCAGAAGAAUCAUGAAAAGAAGGAACAUAUGACAGAGUUCAUGGGCAAAAUACUGUUAAAUGGUCAUGCUGAAGUUGCACCAGAUUUACUAGAUGGGGAGGAAUGUUGGUACUUACCAAUAUUUGGUGUUUAUAAUUCAAAAAAGCCUGGUAAGAUCAGAGGUGUUUUUGACUCGUCAGCUGCAUAUCAGGGAGUAUCUUUGAAUUCAGUGUUGUUAACAGGUCCAGACCUUACUAACAACUUAUUAGGCGUUUUGAUGAGGUUCAGGAAAGAACUUGUAGCAGUUGCUGCAGACAUCGAACAAAUGUUUUAUUGUUUUGAGGUUAAUAAGGAACACCGGAACUUUUUGCGGUUCCUUUGGUAUCAAGACAACGAUUAG